CAAUGUGGCCAAACCAUUCGGCAGGUAUAGUCUUUCUUCAACUGACUUCACAAAAAAGCGUUAACGCUCUUACAACUCCAUUCCCCGUAACAUCUGCACGCAGCACCUGGGGUCUUCUUGAAAACGAAUUCGCCCAAGUGGUUGCACAAAUCCUUUCUGCCGAUGAACAAUUUUCUGUAGAUACGAUCAUCGACGAAGAAAAAUGAAAAGAUCUAUUCAGAACGUGACCAAUGGCUCCACUCUACCAGCCAAAGGAACCCAAAUAAAUCUGGAAGGAUCCUAUUACGGAUGGAAGCGAAAGGCCGAAUCGAAAGUCAAAGGAGCUUGCACCGUCGACCUACUACGAAGACGAUUUCCUAUUCUCAAGUGGUUGCCCAACUACAAUUGGGACUUUGCCGUCUAUGAUUUCAUUGCAGGAAUUACCGUAGGCCUUACCACUAUCCCACAAGGAAUCGCUUACGCGGCUGUCGCUGGAUUGCCCUUACAGUACGGGCUGUAUUCGGCUUUUAUGGGUUUAUUCGUCUAUGUGAUCCUGGGAACUGUCAAACAAUGUUCUGUCGGUCCAACGGCCGUCAUGUCUUUGAUGACGUUUUCAUACGCCAGCCAAGGAGGACCUGCCUAUGCAGUUCUAUUGGCUUUUCUAGGAGGUUGGCUCGAACUUAUCGCAGGGCUGUUGAAUCUAGGAUUCAUGGUCGAAUUCAUUUCGGCACCAGUUAUUUCUGGAUUUUGUUCGGCCGCCGCUCUAACUGUUUCAUCGACGCAAGUCAAAGGUCUGUUUGGCUUGAAAUUCAAAGGAUCUUCAUUCGUCGAAACUUGGAAAGGAUUUUUCACCAACAUAACGAAAUGCAGUCCAUGGGAUUCUGCUCUAGGCUGUUCCAUGAUAGUUAUUCUUCUCUUGAUGCGAAAAUUAACUUCAUUAAAGAAUCUUGGCCCGUUGAAGAAAGUUGCUUUUCUCCGCUAUCGGGCGAUCGACAGCAGUUUGUGGUUCAUCGCAACGAGCCGCAACGCAAUCGCAGUCAUUGCUGGCUGUUUAGCUGCCUACCUUUUGGAACAAAACGGUUCCAAACCAUUCACUCUGACAGGUGAUAUCCAAUCGGGACUUCCCCCCUUUGGUUUACCUGCUUUCACGGUUAAUCGCACCGUCGGUAACACGACAGUUGUUUUGGGAUUUUCCGAUAUUUGUUUGGAACUUGGAGCUGCCAUUGGUCUCAUUCCGCUCAUCGCCAUUUUAGAACAAGUUGCCAUCGCCAAAGCUUUCGCCAGUGGCAAGAGAACAGACGCCACACAAGAAAUGAUAGCGCUGGGUGUUGGAACGAUCCUCGGCUCUCUCUUCGGUGCCAUGCCCGUCACCGCUUCAUUUGGACGGAGCUCAGUACAAGCCGCAAGCGGAGCCAAGACACCCCUAACCAAUAUUUAUGGAGGCGUCCUGGCUUUAUUGGCUUUGGGGUUUUUAAUGCCAUCGUUGGCAUACAUCCCGAAAGCGAUUCUCGCAUCUGUCAUCAUCACGUCCGUCAUCUUUAUGGUGGAAUUGGAAGAACUGAAACCGAUGUGGAAGAGUAGACGGGUUGAGCUAUUGCCUUUCGGAGUCACGUUUCUUUGCUGUCUCUUUGUCAACAUGGAAUACGGCAUUCUGAUCGGAGCUGGAGUUCAUUUGCUCUUGUUAGCUUACAUGGGCAAUCGACCGCAUCCCGAGUUGAUAAGACUACCCGGAAACGAAGUGACCGAGGAAAGAGUCAUAGUCAAAGCCGAUUGCAAUUUGUAUUUCCCGGGAGUGGAAAAAUUCCGGCAGGCCCUCAAUGAAGCCACUGAAGUCGAUGCUGAAGGGCGCAGUCCUUGCCUGAUGGUAGAUCUCUCCAGUUUAACAGAAAUCGACUACAGCGCCCUAAAGAUGCUCAAGUCCGUAGCAGCCGAAUGCCACAAAAAAGGACAAACGGUCCUACAUUUCGUCAAUGCCACUCCCAAGGUUGCCAAAUCCAUUGUUUGGACGCUACCUUCUGCUGACAUAGCAUUUCUACCCAAGGUGGAAAAGGAUGAUGCCACGGAUGAUAUCCACAUGCAGGAAAUCACAUCCUAGAGCGUUCGAGUUUAGCCAACAAGUUUGAUUUACAUCAUUGAUGGCGCUUGCUGCUCUGCUAAACAAAUAAUUCCUUCGUGUAAAGGAGAAACAAAUUGAUUCCUGAGGCCCGGGAAAAGUCUGAUGAGGACAUCAAAGAUCCUUAGCAAAAGAAAAUAACAAUCCCUGCAGAGACAAAUGUGCUCGAUUUUGGACUUCAUUUAUCUUUUCUUUUCCUCUUGUUAUUUCGGUUUAUAGUUGAUGCUGUUAAACGGUUUGGGCUUGCAACGAUGAAUUACGCAAGUCUCUGUGGAAUUCUUAUCUGUUGUUUUUCGGUUUGUUUUGUUUGCAUUUGUAGAAGGCCAGACCUCACGUGAAAGUAAUCUAUACGUAUUCUUCAUCAUUUCCUAAUUUCUCAACGAUUUCGAAAUUUUGUAUGUCAAUGCAUAUGUGUACAGCUGUUUUCGCUUAUUAGGUCGAUAUAAAGCCAAACUGAAAGAAAAGGGGAGAAAGCUUAGUAAACUUCUAUGGACAUGAACCAACAGUUUUAGGUCAAAAGACGGGAAAAUGCCAACAACGAUCCAUUUAAUAAAAGACAAUUAAAAAAUG